AUGGAGGAGAGAGGGGAUAGAGGAGAUGGAGGAGAGAGGAGACAGAGGAGAUGGAGGAGAGAGGGGAUAGAGGAGAGAGGAGAUACAGGAGAGAGGAGAUGGAGGAGAGAGGAGAUGGAGGAAAGAGGAGUGAACAACUUUACCUACUUCCCCCUUUCACUUCCAGGUCUCUCUGGCGGCAGCUGGGUCCAGGAGCUCAGUCAGCCGUGUGAUUACUGUGAGGCUGUGAGGCCUGUGGGCGGUCCUGAGUCCCGGGGCGGGCCUCUGCAGCCUCGGCCUCUGAGUCGGGGUCCGGCCGCAAUUAAACAGGUCAGCGUGGGGUAA